GUGGGGCCUGGGAAAGGGAAAUUAGUUAUCCCGCUUUGAAUGGUGCCCACUCGAAAUUCUUACAUAUUGCAUUCAAGAGCUCGGAAACCCGUCGUAAGGAAGCCUUUCAUCUGUGUGCGUCGAUGGUGCAGUGGAAAGGCCGGAGUGAGAGAAGAUCCAUCUCAGAUUGGGUGUUGAUAGCGACCAAUGACAACUUUAAGCAACGUGGACGAGUAUGGGUUCGAACGGCCGGCCGACUUUGACUUGGCCGAGUACGAGAGCUUUAUCUCCGGCUACCUGGCCGUGCUCACACGGCGCAACAUCAAGUGGCGACGCCUGCUUGGGCGAGGCAAGCGAGAACUGCGUCAGAAUGCGCGCACUAAGCGCUACAUCCGCAAGGGUGUGCCAGCCGAGUACCGCGCGCGGUACCGCCAGCUGCUGCAGGGCCCGUUCCAGCCGGCCGUGCUGGAGGUGAUCGCCGCCGACCUGCCGCGCACGUUCCCCGACAACAUCCACUUCCGCGGCGAGGCGAGCGCCGCGCGCGUCUCGCUCGGCAACAUCCUGCGCGCCUUCUCCAAGCACCGGCCCAACGUCGGCUACUGCCAGGGCGUCAACUACAUCGCCGGCCUGCUGCUGCUGGUGACAGACCGUGAGGAGGACGCCUUCUGGUUGCUGGCGGCGCUCGUCGACCGCCAGCUGCCCGACUACUACGUGCGCAGCAUGCGAGGCGUCCGGCUCGACAUUGAGGUGUUCUCGCAGCUGGUCAGAGUGAAGCUGCCUAACAUAUACGAGCACAUGCAAAUGCUGGGCAUCGCGUGGUCGAUGAUCGCCACCAAGUGGUUCGUCUGCCUGUUCGCCGAGGUGCUGCCCGUGGAGACGCUGUUCCGCGUCUGGGACUGCCUCUUCUACGAGGGCACCAAGGUGCUGUUCCGCGUGGGCCUGACGCUGCUGAAGCUGCACGAGACGCGCCUGCUGGCCUGCCGCGACUUCAUGGAGACGAUGACGGCGCUUCGCGACCUGCCGCGCAGUCCGGCCGUGCUCCAGUGCCACUCGUUCAUGGAGAGCGUGUUCCGUCUACCAGACCCGUUCUCCAGCUCGCUGGUACAGCAGACGCGGGCGAAGUGCACCGCCGACCUGGAGCGGCAGGACGCCAAGAUCAAGUGACGUCACCGCCCG